AUGGACGACGUCAACGAAGCUGUUCACGUCAAGUUCGACAUCACUACCGACUUUUCUGAGCCGCCUUCAUUAGAGGUAUCCAGAGCUGCGUCUCCAUCGCCUUUACAACCAGAAAAAGGAGGUAUCUAUGACACAAAUGCCCCAAGAUACCACGAUAGCAUGCUACCUCCAGGAAAGCAGCCAUUGGAUAUCUACGAAUCAACAUUGUCAUGGUGGAGAGCUGGGAUUCGAAGAAAAAUAGUAAAGAGAGUCAGAGUCGAGUCCAAAAUCGUUGCGAAAUUGCAGGAUGUCAUUCGAAGGCCUUGGUUGGACGCUUACUUUGUCUAUACCUCCUCUUUGGGUACCCAUACUUUCUUCAUGGUCAUGUUACCCAUCAUGUUCUUCUUUGGGUAUCCAGAAAUGGGUCUUGGGCUUAUCGCAGUACUCGCAUCUGGUGUCUACUUCAGCUCUUUCCUCAAGGAUCUUUUUUGUGCCCCUCGACCCUUUUCACCACCUGUAACGAGACUUACAAUCGGAACACACCAUCUUGAAUAUGGAUUUCCCUCUUCUCACGCGACGAAUUGUGUCUCACUUGCAUUAUUCUUCUUCACACAUGUCCACAACCUUGCUACACCGACAUCUGAUCAUCCCGCAUCGAUCUCACCUCAAAUAUACUCCCUGCUCGUCAUCUUACUCUUGUUAUAUACGUUCUCCAUCGUCUUUGGCCGCUUAUACACAGGGAUGCACUCUUUUACGGACGUUAUCGCCGGGGUGCUCCUUGGCGCCAUCCUAUGGUGGAUAUCUACGGAUUUUCCUGGAUUUCCGGUAGAGGUGCCCACAAUUCUCUACAAUAUGCUCGACCCGCUUUCGUGGUGGGCCGGUCUAACUACGGGUUCCUCUCACAUGGUUCUUCAUCUUUUCAAAGGCUUGGACUAUUUCACGAGCCUGACAGCUUGGGUAGACAGUUCGGGAUGGGAGGUUCCUCUUAUCACGGUACCACUCACUCUAUUGCUUGUCAACCAACAUCCUCAGCCUGUCGAUGAUUGCCCGUGUUUUGAAGACGCUAUAGCCUUCAACAGCGUUUUCCUCAGCACGCUCCUCACCCGUUGGAGUGACACAUUCUUCCAAACGCACAACUUUAUCGAGCCUUGCCUCAUGCCCGGCUCGGGCUGGAUCAGGGUUAUGGACCUACCCGGUGUGGGUUGGAUCAAGAACGAACGAAAUCUGAGUCACGUCCUCACCUGGUGGUUUACUGCCACACUCAAAAUGGUCGUUGGAAUUUCUGUCAUCUUCGCUUGGCGUAUCCUUGCCAAAUCUCUGCUGCACAUCACACUCCCGCCUACGUUCAGGUUCCUUUCGCAUCUGUUCACACUACCGAAACGAAGGUUUUAUACUCCUGCAACGGAUUACAAGAACGUACCAAGCGAAUUCCAUUUCGAUCUUGAUCAACCUGGGGGUGGUCUUAGUGGAUUGAGAUCUAUUCCUAGUGUGAUCGAUUUGCCGAGUGCGGUAAAAGUCGGCGUUGAAGAGGAUGGCGUUAGGAGCGGAAUGCAUGUCGGUGGGUUGGGAAGCGAGAUGAAAUUGAGGGGCAAGAAUGGGGUUGUAAAUGGAAAUGGAACGUUGAUGAAUGGGAGGGGGAACUCGAGCGAAAAAGGUCGAGGAAGGGAGGAAGGUCUGGAUAAACCAGAUGAUGUCAAGCAUUACGACGCUGAAGUUCUGACAAAAGUUAUUGUGUAUGCCGGUAUUGGUGCGCUUGCUACAGGUGGCAUUCCAAUGGGUUUCGAGUUGCUAGGUUGGGGUGUCAGGUCGACACCUCCCGGGAUGUGA